AUCCUCUCCUUAUUAUAACUAUUCACUAUAUUACUGUGUCCUCUUGUUAUCUAUAGUCUAUCAACCAGUGAAGAGGAGCGAGCACUCUACAGUACAGGUAGGAGACUACCUCUACAUGUGGGGUGGGGACCAGCCUGGUCGCCCUGGAGUACACAAUAAUGAGAAGAAGAAAUCAAUGUAUUCUGUAAUGGAGGUCUGUCACCUACCAACUGGUGAGUGGGUACAAAAGCCUACCACUGGUGACCCUCCACUUGGUGUCUGUGGACAUGCUGCUGCUGUCAUUAGAAAUGAAAUAUUCUUCUUUGGAGGCUUUUGUGGUCAUAGUGGCUGUUAUCAUAAUAGUUUAUACAGUUUUAAUGUUGAUACCUUCAAUUGGAAGGAACUCUCUCCUACUACAUCUCAUCAUGGUCCUAUGAUGAAGUACUUCCCUGGCAUGAUAGCAAUAAAAGUGAAUGACGAGGACUAUCUUGUUGUUAUUGGUGGAAAGGUAUCAUCUUCUAAUACUCCACCACAACCUGGUGCCCAGUACAGUAAAGAUACUUAUGGUAGUCAACAUUGCAACGAAGUACAUAUGUACAGAUUAAAAACUGGUCAGUAA